UUUGCGGUAUAUCGUGUUUAUACAAUCGAGUUACCUUGAAGGUAACUAUACCUGAAUAACCGCAAACUUACCAAGGUUUGAAUGUUACCGAGCGGUAACUUUAACCAGCGUUUAUACAAUCGGGUGCUGGUGCCGAACUGCAGGGGGUCACAGGCUCGAUUCCUCGCUCAAAGCCCGAACCAGGUCCACCCGGAAGUAAGCAGACGGUCCUCACGAAUGAGCAGAUUGCCGAGUACAGAGCGGCAUUUCAAGAGUUCGAUGCCAACGGUAACGGCAGCCUCACAGUGGCGGAAGUAGGCGCCAUGUUGACCGCCCUUGGCAAGGACAUCACCAACGACGAGUUACACGAGCUCUUCCGAACAAUCGACAUAAAUGGCGACCAGAAUAUAGACUUCGACGAGUUCAUCUCCUUGAUGGAGAUCGAGUUCAAAUCAAGCCAAUCGGAACGCUUCAUUCGGGAGGCCUUUGCCGUGUUCGACGAGGCCGGAGACGGACACGUGACCACUGAGAAACUGAAGCAAGUCAUUCAAACGCUUGAAUGCGGCUUUUCUGAAGAGGAGCUUGACGAAAUGAUACAGUACGCGGACGAAGACGGGACUGGAAGGGUAAACUACGAGGGCUUGAUUGGUCUUCUCAGCUUUGAAAAUGAGACCCUACUCACAGCUUACAAGAAGCGCGAGCGGAUUGAAGCAAAUGAGCCGCCAGGAGAACCAUCGUCUUCUGGACCUCGUUCGAACAGAUCUCCCGUGCCAAAUUCUUCACAGAACGAGGUCAGCGAUGGGCCAGAGGUCAACAGAGGGUCGCGUGACAACAGAAGUUCAUCGGCACAUCACGUGACACAAACGCGGGACGCUAUGGUGCAAAGCAACAUAUCUAAUGGCAUCUCGGUUGGCGGAACAACAGUCCCAACACGUAAUAUUAACAAUUAUAAUAGCGGAGAUGAUACAUCUAAUGUAACCAACCAGGCGGGUAAAGCAUCGCGACCAAAUGCCCACGUUGAUACACGUAAAACAUAUACAAGUGAAGUCCUUAAAAAUAAAAAGCAAAUAACUGUGCCAACUAUGGCUGAAAUUGCUAGUCAGUAUGAACCAGAACAUUACAACAAAUUCAGCAGAAAGGUGCCCCCGGGAGCGAAAGACGUUGCGUCCUACGGCGAGAAAAAGAACAUUGGUUAUUCGAACGGAAUGAUUGCGACGUCUGUUCAAAAGACAAAACCAAGAGCAAGUGACGUCAAAACUAAUAUUGACGUCACGAAUCAAAAGAAAUCAAGGCUUACAGGCGGAAAGGAUGAAAUUAUUGAUGAAAGGAUCGCGUUUGAGAGAAAAAUACAGAAAGAGAAUCAAAAACCAGCUGGAUACGCAAGGGCACAGGAAGCAAAGUUCUACAAGGAUCCUAGUUAUUAUCUCAAGAAGCGAACAAGUAUUAGCCCUACGCAGUGGGACAUGAGCAAGACAGACAUCCAAUUUGAAAGACCGCAGCGUCACGGAAAAGGAGUCCAUUCGUCCGUGACGUCCAUUGACGGAAACAAACGCUCUCGACGUCCAAGCCUAGUUGAUAAGGUGACGUCACGCAGCGCGGACUUCACUGGAAGCGUGACCAAUCGCAGCGGCAUGACGACCCGGAUCUCGUUCUAUAGGAGAGGAGUAUCCCUCGGGCAACAAAACCGGAAGGAGACAACAGCGGUGGUUCAUGGGGAAAAAAUGUAUCACUCGCUGUGGCGCAAGGCGUUCUCGAAUGCUUUAGAAAAAAUGAAAGAAAAUAAGACAAGAAGGAUUCUUUUGUCCACUCCGGUCAUUCUCGACGAGGAAGUUGAGAAGCGAGCACGUGACAGGAAGCGAGCGGUCACGUGGAAACCAAGGCGCUUUCAAAGUGUGCCGGUUGUAUCGCCGUCUUUAGAUGAUUGGUCGUCGACCGGCGGCAAAUCCUCGCCAGAUUUUAAAUUCCUCGCCCGUGGGCCCUAUUCGGAGAGAUUCAAACAACAGUCUGGCCUGCAGGUGGUCAUGAGGCAGCAACAACAGCAAUAUGAACAGCAGCAACAACGCCGCCUUGCGGAAGUGAAAGAGCGGGACACCACGAGUCCAUCGCUCUCUCCAGUUAUACCCAAACGCAGUACCAUAGUCACCAAAUCCGGUUUAAACCGGAUGUUUAACAUUCAGGUUUAACAGUUGCGUUCGUUGAUUAUAAUUUAUGUAUUUCUGCAAUUGUUGUUUGAUAUACAAGUAUUUGCCAUUGUAUACCGCGUCGAAGUAAACCUGUCGCAGUUGCUAUUGAUCGUAUUUUAUUGUCGCCUUCGUCUUAGCACUUGAUACAACAAGUUGUUUGUUUCUGUUUUAAAAUAAUAACAGAAGGACAAACUGUACUUUUUUCCGGGUUCUUGCUAAUAUUAAUUUAGAAUCCAAACAAGCUUUCAGAGCAAAUCAAUUUUACUGUGCUGCUCAAUGUUCAAUUCGCUCAAGUAUACUAACGUAUUCAGCUCAAAACCGAUGUAUUCGUCAAUCUCCACCAAGAAUGCUUACAGUUGUUUUGUCUGCGAUGCCAUAUACAUACCCAAUCUACACACAGUUUUGCUUGGAAUAGUAUGUUGAUGUAUUAAAUUUUGUGUAUACAUGUAGGUCCAUGAAAUAUAUAAAGUGGAGCUAUCAUACUAACCCCGGCGUCGGCGUUCCCGUUCCCGUUCCCGUUCCCGUGAGCGUUGGAAUGUUAAAGUUUGCGUACCACCUCAAAUAUUUCCUAUGUCUCUUGACAUAUUGCUUUUAUAUUUUUCAUACUUUUUUAUCAACAUAACCCCAACCUAUAAACAAGAGCAGACAACUGUAUAAAGCAUUGUGUAAGAAUUAUGGCCUUUUUUCACUUAGAAUAUGCUUAUUAUUGAUAAAUCUAUGUAAAAGUUUGCGUACCACCUCAAAUAUUGUCCCUUGACAUAUUGCUUUCAUAUUAUGCAUACUUCUUUACCAACAUGACCCUAAUCUAUCAACAGGAGCAGACAACUGUAACAAGCAUUGUGUAAGAUUUAUGGCCUUUUUUCCCUCUUAGAAUAUGCAUAUUAUUGAUAAAUCUAUGUUAAAGUUUGCGUACCACCUCAAAUAUUUUCUAUGUACCUUGUAAUAUUGCUUUUAUAUUUUGCAUACUUCCUCACCAACAUGACCACAAUCUAUAAACAAGAGCAGACAACUGUAUCGAGCAUUUUGUAAGAAUUAUGUUCCCUUUUUAUACUUAGAAAUUUGAAAAUUUGGUUAAGUUUUGUGUUUAGGUUCACUUUCUUCCUAAAGAAUCAAAGCUAUUGCUUUCAUACUUGCAACACUUACUAACUAUCGUAAGGGGACUGUACAGGGCAAGUUGCAUAACUCUGGUUGGCAUUUUAACGGAAUUAUGGCCCUUUUUUGUCUUAGUAACUUUGAAUAUUUUGUUAAAUUUUGUGUUUAGAUCCACUUUACUUCUUAAGUAUCAAGGCUAUUGCUUUCAAACGUCAAAUACGUUCUUACUAUCAUGAGGGUAUUGUACCUGGUACGUUGAAUUUGACCUUGACCUUUGAAUGACCUUGACUGUCAUGGUCAAAUUAAUAAAAUUUAAUUAAAUUGCCAUAACUUCUUUAUUUAUAAUCAGAUUUGAUUCAUACUUUGACAUAACAACACUUACCUGACAUACCACAAUGGACUCUACCCAAACCAUCCCCCACCCCCACACCAGAAUC